AUGACCCUGAUGUGUUUGUUCUCAUCGGCAAGAGUGGCCUUGUCGUACCAGCAAGAGCUGGGAUUUUUUCUCCUCCUCCGUUUCUUCAUUCUUCUCCUCCGACGGGACAUCGUGGAUCGGGAAAAUCGGAUACGCGUUGUGCCCCGUCGAGAGCUCCAGAGUCGUUAUGACUUCGUGAUAAUCGGGGGUGGUUCGGCCGGUUGUGUCCUGGCAAAUCGGCUCUCUGAGAACGCUAAUUGGACAGUUCUGCUGCUCGAAGCUGGUGGUGAUGAGACAAUACUCACUGAUGUUCCACUUUUUUUUCCUACACUGCAGCACACUGCCCUCGAUUGGCAGUUUAAGACAGAGUCAUCUCAGAAUUACUGCAGGGGAAUGAAUCAGGGUCAGUGCAAUUGGCCGAGGGGAAAGGUCCUCGGUGGAAGCAGUGUUCUGAAUGCCAUGCUCUACGUCAGGGGAAACAGGAGGGAUUACGAUGAGUGGAGAGACGCUGGCAAUUAUGGCUGGGAUUAUGAGAGUGUUCUCCCGUAUUUCAAGAAGUCGGAGAAUAUUUCUGUUGAGGGCCUCGAGGAGUCGGAGUAUCAUGGACGCGAUGGACCUCUCACAGUUGAACGGUUCAGAUAUCAUUCCCCAGUGUCUCAGUAUUUUCUUCAAGCAGGGAGGGAAAUGGGUUACGACACUCUGGACAUCAACGGUCCCCAGCAGUCAGGCUUCUCCCAGUCUUAUGGAACCCUUCGAGAGGGCCUUCGGUGCAGCACAGCGAAGGCUUUUCUGCGACCAGUGUCUCGCAGAAAGAAUCUCCACAUUCUGACACACGCAAUGGUCGAGGAGAUCCUCAUCGAGGAGACGUCCAAGACUGCGCGCGGAGUGACGUUCCGGAGAAGACGAGGGAGAAAGUGCACUGUCCACGCGAAUCGAGAGGUGAUCCUGUCCGCAGGGGCCAUCCAGUCGCCCCAGCUCCUCAUGCUGUCGGGCGUUGGACCCCGAGAGCAUCUCGAGGAUGUUGGGGUCAGGGUCAUUGAGGAUUCACCGGGGGUGGGGAGGAAUCUUCAGGAUCAUAUUGCCAUCGGUGGAAUGACGUACCUCAUUGACCCACCCACUGGGGACAAUAGCCCUUACGGGUUCUCCUGUGUUCUGCCGAAACUACUGACUUAUUAUUCCAUUAAGGAAUUCAUUGUCAAUAAGACUGGACCUCUGCACACUGUGCCUGCGUGCGAAGUCAUGGCGUUCAUCAAAACCAAAUUCGCGAAUGCCUCCGAGGACUACCCAGACAUCCAGCUAUUCCUGGCGUCAGCAGCGGACAACUCAGACGGUGGACUCCACGGUAUGCGGGACUGUGGUCUCCAAUCGGAAAUUUAUUCCGAAGUAUAUGAACCCCUUCUCUGGCGAGAAGCGUACAACGCAGUGCCCCUCCUCCUGCGCCCCCGAAGCCGAGGUUACAUAAAACUGAGGAGCCCAAAUCCCCGCGAAAAGCCCAUAAUCGUUCCCAACUACCUCGACGACCCGCGCGACCUAGACGUCAUAGUAGAAGGUGCCAAGUUCGUCCAUGCCAUGAGUCAGACCAAGGCCAUGAGGCGUAUAAACGCCAAUAUAAAUCCAAAUGUCAUACCGGAAUGUGCGAAAUUUGAAUUCCUGUCCGAUGAUUUCUGGAGAUGUCAAGCGAGGUCUUACACAAUGACGAUUUAUCAUCCUGUUGGUACGUGCAAAAUGGGACCUGUUGGGGAUCCAAUGGCGGUUGUUGAUGCGCGGUUGAGGGUUCACGGUAUCAGUGGACUGAGAGUUGUCGACGCAUCCAUAAUGCCGAAUAUUGUUAAUGGAAAUACAAAUGCUCCGACGAUUAUGAUCGCUGAGAAAGCUGCGGAUAUGAUCAAGGAAGAUUGGCAGGAGUUGGAUGGCAAAUGUGGCAAAUACUUUGUACAUUGGUAGACAAAAAUUUAAAGUUCGUGGACAGCUGACUAGACAUUUUUAGGAGAGUAAUAUUGAACUCCAUUUGGGGAAAAAAAUUAAAUUUCGGGUUUCACGGAAAAUUCAAUAAAAUUUCAAAUUUCUCAAGAGCAGGAGGACGAGAAUUCUCAAACUCAGUUGAAUUUUUCAAUAAAAACAUGAAUGUUUUAAGAAUAGUACCAAAUUUUGAAUUAACAUUAGUAUGAGAAAUACAUCCACUGCAAUUUCAAGGCAUUUUGACAUUGAAAAUUCAUAAUUUCAUGGAAAAAUAGUGAAAGAUCAGGAAAACUGAGAAAUCUCUCCCUGAAUUCC